ACAUGACAGUGCAUGUUGGGAAAAUAUUAUAGAUUUUGAUGAUGAUGUAUUUAGAAUGUAAUAGGGACUUAAGGUCUCCCCCAAUAUUCAAUGUAAUUUUUCUUUUUAGAAAUAUUGUCAAAACCGAGUUCUUGAGAUUUCCAAUAAAGUUGUGAUAUUUCUUUAAGCGUUUUGAUGCCUGAAGACAGUGAUAUGGAAAUUGGAUAUCUUGAUCGGAAAUGUCAGAGACAAGUUAUGAUGAUUGGAAGAUCAUGAUGGAAGCACACCUCUACGCUCUACAUGAUUGCAUGUGGAUGGUGCUUGAGGAUGGACCCUUGAAAAUCCAAAUGGAGAAUCCUGAGAGGAAUCCAGCCACUCCAGAUGUAGUCCAGUACAUUCCAAAGCCCAAAGAAAAAUGGGAUGAUAGAGAUUGCAAAAAGCACAAUCUGGACAACGUCGCCAAAGCAGCCAUCUUCAAGACACACUAUCCCAUCACCUUCUCCAAAAUUAAGCAUCUCAAGACUGCCAUGGAGAUUUGGCAAGAUCUUGGGAAGCUAUGUGAGGGAUCAGAGGACCUGAGAAAGCAGAAGAUAGAAGUCCUGCUUGAGAAGUUUAAAAGCUUCAAAAUGCUUCCCGGAGAAUCAUUUGAUAUGUUGGAUGAAAGAUUCCACAAGAUAUUGAAUGAUCUUGCAUCACUUAACCACGUUCUUUCUCCCAAAGAAAAGAAUGUAAGGUUGCUGAGAUCACUUCCAACUGAGUGGUAUACCAAAGCCACAGCCAUGGAAGAAGGAAGAAACCUGGAGAAC